AUGGUUGAUAAAAACUUGAAACAGAAGAUCCGCGAUAGAUUUGUUGCAGCCGAAAAGGAUGGACAUCUGAAAGUAACCCAUGCAGAAUCUAAGAAAUUGAAAAAUCCGCAAACGGCGACCCAAUAUUGGGUGACGUUUGCCCCGUCUUUGGCACUUAAGCCUAAUGCUAAAAAGAGUAACGAUUCAAGGACCGUGGAUCCAUUUGCUAAUCCAGACAAGGAACUAGUGGUGACCGAUGAUGUAAAUGGUGAUGGAGAAUAUAAGCUGCUGCUCAACAAAUUUCCUGUGGUCCCUGAACAUAGUCUCUUGGUGACAAGCGAGUUUAAAGACCAAAAAUCAGCUUUAACGCCGAGUGAUUUGAUGACUGCUUACAACGUGCUCUGUUCUCUCGAAGAAGGCAAAGAUAGUGAAGUAUCUGAUGGAAGAUACCUGGUCUUUUAUAAUUGUGGGCCUCAUAGCGGUUCCUCACAGGAUCACAAACACUUGCAAAUAAUGCAAAUGCCUAAGAAAUUUAUUCCUUUCCAGGACGCAUUGUGUAACGGAAAGGAUCAUUUUUUACCCACCUUCAACGCAGAGCCAUUACAAGAUGAUAAGGUUUCCUUUGCUCAUUUUGUUUUGCCACUGCCGGAAUCACCUGAUCAAGUCGACGAAGAUCUUCUCGCUAUGUGUUACAUUUCUUUGAUGCAGAGAGCACUUACAUUUUUCCAAGAUUGGACCAAUGAGUCUCCGGAGUUGACCAAGUCAUACAACGUUCUAUUGACCAAGAAAUGGAUUUGUGUAGUUCCAAGAUCGCAUGCUAAGAGUAAACCACCUUUGACGUUAAACAUAAACUCCACGGGGUACUGUGGUAUGAUCUUAGUUAAAGACAAAGAAAAACUGGAGAAACUCACUGUAGAACCUCAUCUGGUUGACAAGUCGUUACUGGAAUGCGGUUUUCCUAACACAGCUGGUCAAAAACCAACAGAAUAUCACUAUUAA